CCCUCAGGCACACACUACAGCUCUUUCUCUCUCAUUUUGUUUUUGUUUUCUAUAUUUUCCCAAAUAUUUAUUUACUUAUUAUGUAUACAGUGUUCUGCUUGCAUAUAUGCCUGCAAGCCAGAAGAUGGUACAGAUGGUCGUGAGCCACCAUGCAGUAGCUGGGAACGGACCUCAGGACCUCUGUUAGAGCAGCCAGUGCUCUUAGCCGCUGAGCCAACUCUUUAGCCCUGUUUUAUGUUUUUCCACGCCAGGUCUCCCUUUAACACGAGCCAGUCUGGUACUCACUAUAUCCAGGCCGGCCUCAAACUCAUGAUACUUUGACCCCAGCUUUUGAAGAGCCAUGGUAGCAGGUAGGAGCUGCUUUCAAGCUUCGUCUGUCAGGCUUUUGACAGUGAGCACUCCAUUGGGUCAGUGUGAUCAGUCUGUUUGCAGUCUACUCCCUUGACCUUGUAUGUGCAUUGCCGAGAAGUGUCUACGAAUUAGCCAGCGUUUCUUCUCUGCUCCUCUAUUUUUAGACUUCAUCCUAGUCACCAGCCUCCCGGGACAAAUACUUCUUACCCGUAUUCCCACAGGAGCGGAAGAGAGGGCUUUUCCUUCCCACGUUGCCAUCUUCUCUAAGGCCCAGCCACACUCACCUCUCUCCAAGGCCCUUGGGGCAGCAGCGCACACCUGUUCGCUCUGCUGAUUAAAAACAGACUCGGAGGCAUCGGCAGUUGGAUCUCUUGUCUCCGAUAAUUGUCGUUUGCUGGGAACAGGUGCGCCAGUGGAAACCCAGGGACUCGGUGCUCAGCGCGAGCCCUGUCGACGGUUGCGUCCUGCUGAACAGUGCCUUCUCCCUGGCUCAGUGGCCUGCUCCAAGAGUAAUCGGCUCCGCUGCCAACAUGCCCACCCAGCUGGAGAUGGCCAUGGACACGAUGAUUCGAAUCUUUCACCGGUACUCUUGCAAGGAGGGGGACAGGUUCAAGCUCAACAAGGGGGAACUGAAGAUGCUGCUACAGCGGGAGCUCACAGAAUUCCUCACGUGCCAGAAGGAUCCCCAGUUGGUGGAUAAGAUAAUGCAGGACCUGGAUGCCAAUAAGGACAACGAAGUGGAUUUUAAUGAAUUUGUGGUCAUGGUGGCAGCUCUGACAGUCGCGUGUAAUGAUUACUUUGUAGAGCAACUGAAGAAGAAAGGCAAAUAAAGAUGAGUAGUGAGUUAACAAAAGGCAGAGACAGAGCCAAGGUUCUGACCUACUGUGCGCUCGGUCCUUCCCACUUACAGAAACAGUGAUAUGACAUGUAUGUUACAUAUGUAUGUUGGCUAGCAUUAAGUUAGUGACUUUACACAGAUAUUACAGAUCUCAUGCCAUCUUUAAAUUUUACCUCUCUUACUAAAGAUGUUACCAUCUAUUUGUCAAAUAGAGAGCACCCACAAAUAUAGCCACUUUUGAAAUGAGACUCAAAGUUGGUGAAUUUCUAAGAUCUCAUUCUUAAAUUGUGUUUUGAUAUUUCUUCCUCACUGACGAGAUUACUAGGCCCUCCCCAUAGGCUCUUAAUUGUGCUUCAAGUAGCAAAAACUGCGAGGGCAGAGUCAAGAGAAAGGCUGGUAAAGAGAAGACUAGGGCCCUGUGGGGGCAGCAAGUGCCUUUAAUCUCUGUGAGUUCAAGGCCAGCUUGGUUUAGAGAUGGAGUUCCAGGACAGCUAGAACUGUUACACAGAAAAACCCAAUCUUGGAAGAGAAAGAAAGAGAAGGGAGGUGCCGCAGUGAGUUAGACUCAGAUGGGCAGAUUCAGGACUUCAAGUUCUAGCUACAAAAGCUGAACAGAGCGCGUCUGGGGAGUUGGUUGUAAAUAUUCCCCCGCCCUUGGGGCUGACUGUUUUACAAUGGAUACCAGUUUCCAGAGCUUCUCCUAGGGCUAUGCGCCAUCGGGCCCUGGGAAUAUUUGCUUCCUUUCCUCUGUCCUUCCUGGUCUCACUACAGUGCUCCAACUCAUUUGCUGUGCCUAAAAAAAAAAGACUUGUACAGAAAUCCUUGAGUAAAGGUCAACUUCUGGGGAGUCAAAUUGUGGCAGUUCAUCGAGAGUUUGAAGAAAGGAAGUUAUACUUUGAAGCAAUGAUGCUAGGUACUGGGGAAGUUGAACUUUGAAGCAAUGAUGCUAGGUACAGGGCUACAGAGAGCAACAGUGAAGGAGGAUCUGCCAUGUCUGGUCAAAGACUACGGUGGCUCAAGCCGGGGUUCAGUGAUGGAGGUGAAGAUGUACAGUUGAAGUGUUUUCGGGGAGAGACUGGCAAACGCUAUGAAGGUCGCAGGGCAGAUUGCUGUUGUCCUGAUACAUAGUCUGCCUCUCUCCACACUGUGUGACCAGCUGACCCGCUGUAUUUCCCAACAUGCUGGACAGCUGGGGGAGCUGGGCACCUUACAACCUGCACUAAGAAAGGGGAGCCCAAGCCUGUUAGGAAUCUCUGGGAAUGUCUUUCUGUUUCUGUUAGAGGCCUUUAUGCUGUCCACCUUCCACAUUCUUUCAUUUCCUGUCCACUGGAAUGUCAGAGUAAGGCUGAGGUGGAUCCCUGAUAGAUAAAGAUGGAAGGGGUUGUCUGUCCUGAACACAGCUCUCACCUCGCAGGGGGUGAGAGCUAAUUUAUUCUGAGUGAUCGUGGCCAGGGAGACAGGAGGAAAGGAAGGGUGUGGUGCCAGGGAAGGAAGCACUUAGAGAGUGCAAUCUCAGAGAAGAGGAGGAGGAAGACAAGGAGACGAUGGUUAGGUUGGCAAGGCAGAGUCAUCAGGAAAAAAUUAGCAGGUAAGCAAAACACUCAAGAGAAGAAAUCUGUACCCCUCAGUUCACUUACUCUUGUCUUCUAAAGGGAUAGAAGAAAAUAAACAAAAUCGAAUAUGUAUUUGGCUGUGUAUGGGUUCUCUCCUUUCUUUGCCUUUUUUUUUUUUUUAAAAAAUUGAAAGUAAAAACUCCAUACAAUAUAAGUUGUUUUAUUGACUCCAUGAAGACCGGAGCAUCCUUGGGAGACCUUUACGCUUUCCAUUGCCAUUUGAUUUGAAGUUUACAUAUUCAAAAGUGGCUCACUGAAACACAAAAAGUAAAUCCAAGAAUUCACUCAUGGUUCUAUUCUUGGAAGGAUGUUCUCCAAACAGAGAAGUAAAUGGGAAAACAAUGUUCAUUUUGUGGUGUUUCUGAAAGUUAAUCAGCAGUCGAGAAAAGCAAUUUAUAUUUCAAAUUAGAUUUCUAUGAGUAAGAAUUGCGCCAUGCACCAAAAGUCCUUCUCGAGGACGCUCCCUGUGCCCCGCCUUUCCGUUGGCGACCUAGGAUAACUUUGUAGGAAGCAAAUUACUUAGUGCCUAUAUCCAGGGACACUUGUCUUUUUCUUUUUUUCUCACUUGCUGAAGUUUAAAUAAACUUGAACUUUAAACACAUUCAUGAGCUGUCUGCUUGGGAGCCUUCUGGUGUCCAUUAUUUGCUGAUGCCAUUCCACAGAGCAGCUUAUAGGAGACAACAGCCGGACUCUGUGUGGAGUCCUAGAUUUGAAAUGCUACCAACUGCUGGAACCCUGAACAAUAAUGGGGCUGAAGAAGGCUUUCCAGAGGCAGAGGUGCCAGCCACAUGGUUGAGAGGGGAGAGACAUGGAGAAUGCCACUAAAGAAUGGAAAACAGGAGCAAGGCCGUGGCUGUGGACUCGGCAGGGAACGGCUUGGGGGAGUUCUAGAGUACCAAAGGGUGUGGGCUGUAGGAGGGCAGGAGACCUAGGUAACAGGUGCUAAUGUGAGAAAUUUGUUUUUAAAUGGCUUCCUUAAAGGUUUAAAUCUUUACAUCAGAGGUGUAGGGUUCUCCAUCUUAGGCUGGCCAUGUUAUAAAGUACAGAUCUCUGAGUCAGGCAUGGUGGUUCAUACAUGUAAGGCCAGCAGGGGAGGCUGAGGCAGGAGAAGCAAGAAGUAAACAGGUGACGGAUGCAUCGAUAGAUAUGCCCACCAUCUUGCCCCGAUAUUCCAAUUUACUUCAGUAGGGCCUAGGCAUCAGCGCUCAAGCAGAUUUCAGCCAGUGUUAAAACGCACUUAAAAGGCUGGAAGAUGGCUCAGCACACGAGGGCUUGAUGCUCUUCCUGAGGACCCAGGUUUGGUUUCCAGCACCCAUGCUAGGUGGCUCCAGGGGAUCUGACACUCUCUUCUGACUUCCAUGGGUACCCAUAAUAAGUAUGUGACUUUUGCACACACACACACACACGUGUGUGCGGACACACACAUUAAAAUAAAAACAAAUCAGGCUUAUCUAUUAUAGACAAUUUUCAUCAUAGUAACUGUACUUGGACAUGGAGUUGUCUAAUGCUUGCAGUCUCCUGCCUGCCCCUCCCCCCAGCCCUGAGUCCUACUUCUCUAGCCUAAGGUUACAUUUAUCCCUAGUGGGGCCGUGUCCCUCACUCCCCACCUUGCCCUCCCAACCGCUUUCUCCUCCCUAAUGUUCUUGCGUUGUCUGAUUUCCUCCCAAAGGAACAUGACUCAACAAGAACUGUUGCCUGUGUUUUUAAAGCACUCCUCUAUGCGGCCGUUAGACUUCUCUUUACCCCGGAGUCUAGCCAGUUUCUGUUA